AUGGAUAUCUGCGUAUAUGAAGGGAAUCUAUAUGAGGUGGGGAAAUUUAUCUGGACAGAAGAUACAUCUUGCAAGACUUGCCAGUGCACAGACAAAAAGGAUGUCAAGACUGGACUUAAUGUUGUCAGCUGUGAAGAUGUUAAAUGUACGGCCGAUUGCCCGCUAGGAUUUGUCUAUCAAAAACCUGACAACGAUUGUUGUGGCCAAUGUGUGCAGGCAUCUUGUGUUGCAAAAGCCAGUGAUGGGACUCUCCAACUUCUGCAGCCUGGAGAGUCCAAGUACUUUGCAGGUGACAACUGCACCAUGUAUACAUGUGAUGUCAUCAACAAACAUUUCACGUUGACAGCUCUGAAAAAAAUAUGCCCAGACCAUGAUGAAGAGGAGUUUCAAAAGACAGAAGAACUCAAGGGGCACUGUAGCACAUGGGGAAAUUACCAUUUCAGAACAUUUGAUGGCACCUCUUUCACCUUCCCUGGGAAAUGUGAAUAUAUGUUUGCGUCAAACUGCCAUUCCAACUUUCCUGAUUUUGACAUCAAGAUUCAGAGAGUUUUAGGGGAUGAGUGGAACAGAGUCUACUUUAGAGCCAUUAUCGAUAGCGUAAUAAUUGAUAUCAGUGAGGAGGGUAUCACUGUUGAUGGAGAUGAAAUUUCUUUACCAUACACUAAGAGGAGCGUAGUUGUUGAUGACACGUGUGAAAACUUCAAAAUCACUUCCAGAAUUGGGCUGACAUUGACAUGGAAUUGGGGAGAUGACCUAAAGCUGGAGUUGGACGAUAUGUAUAUGAACAAGACCUGUGGUUUGUGUGGCAACUUUGAUGGCACACCCACCAACGAUAUUAAUUGGAAAGGAUACAUAGUUUCUCCCAUACUGUUUGGCAAUGUUCAAAGGAUAAAUGGACCCAAGGAUGACUGUCCAGAUGUGGCUGAUGUACAAAAUGAUGAGAUGAUGAAGGAUGAAUGCGAGACGCAGAUGAGGGAGUGUGAGAAUCACCUCUCAAGUAUGGGGAACUGCAAAGACAAACUUGGCUCUUACCAGGAUUAUGUCAAUACUUUUAUGAACUGCCCAAACACCAUGGAGUUUUUUGAGUGUGUGUCACCAUGUCCUGACUCAUGUUCCAAUCCUACAGCCAGUUCAUUGUGUGAUGAACACUGCAUGGAGGGUUGCUCGUGUCCCCCAGGAACCCUUUUGGAUGACGUGCAUCACCGCAAGGAGUGUGUGAAACAAAGCAAGUGUCCAUGUCUACACAGUGGAAAGAUCUUUAACCCUGGAGAGUCGUAUUCUACCGCCUGCCAGCAGUGUACUUGUGUUAUGGGCCAGUGGGCUUGUACUCAAGCCCCUUGCUCUGGAAGCUGCAGUCUCAGAGGAGGGUCUCACAUAAGGACCUACGAUGAAAAGGAGUUCACUUUCCAUGGAAACUGCCAGUACGUAGUGUCCAAGGACACAAACAAGAGAUUUGCUAUUAUUGCCAAGGUUGUCCAGUGUGGAAUGACAGAGAGUGUUACUUGUUUGAAUUCUGUUCACAUCAACAUAGGGAAAGUGACAAUAAAAAUCUGUUACUGUGGAAAUGUUUACAUUAACAACUUUAUUACAUUGCUGCCAAAAAUUAAAGAUGGCAUCAUCGUCUACAGACCUUCCUCUUAUUUUAUCAGCGUGGUAACACCGUUCGGCUUGAGCGUGCAAGUUCAGGUUAAACCUGUGUUCCAACUCUUCAUCACAUUGAAUUCAACUUUUCAGGGCCAAACCAUAGGGCUGUGUGGAAAUUUCAACGGAGCUGAAGGUGAUGAUUUGAAAACGCUAAGUGGAGUGGUGGAGGAAUCUGUCUCAGCUUUUAGCAACUCAUGGAAAGUCCAAGCGUCUUGCUCUGAUAUGAUUGAUCACUUUGAUAACCCUUGUUCCAGGAGCAUCAGCAAAGAUGAAUAUGCCAAGCAUUGGUGUACCCUGCUGAUAAACACAACAGAGAUGUUUGCUGAAUGCCACCUUUAUUUAGAUCCCACUGCAUAUUUAAAGUAUUGUAUGUAUGAUGUCUGUAACUCUGACAAUAGUGAUGAUUCACUUUGUACGUGGCUCUCGAUGUAUAUCCGAGACUGUGCACUUAAAGGAGGACCAAUGUUGAAGUGGCGAGGAAAAAUUUGUGAUCCAAGCGAGAGUUGUCCAGAAACCAUGGAAUUCACUUACAACCCGAGGCCCUGCAACUUUAGCUGCCGCUCUCUUUCUGAGCACGACCCUCUCUGUGAUAUACCCAGUACUCCCACUGAGGGCUGUAGCUGUCCAGAAGGGUCUUACAUGACAUCAAAUGAAAAGUGUGUAUCCCCAGAGGCAUGUCCCUGCAAUUACAAGGGAAGAGAAGUCCCAGCUGGUCAGUCACUCAAAGUGGACGAAAUUCUAUGUAAAUGCAUACACGGGAUUUUAGAAUGCCCUAACAAUGAUGAGAUGGUUGAAGUCUGCAAACCUCCAAUGUAUUAUGUUCAUUGUGAUGCUGGUCCAGAUGCAGUAGGAACAGAAUGCCAGAAAAGCUGCAAGACUCAGGAUAUGCAGUGUUACAGCAAGGAAUGUCUCCCUGGAUGUGUAUGUCCCGCCGGUCUAGUUUCUGAUGACAAUGGCAACUGCAUCCCUCCUAGUCAGUGUCCAUGUGUUUAUGGUGGAAAGUUUUAUGACACAGGAAAAAAUAUUACAGUUCUUUGCAAUACCUGUACCUGUAAGAACAGGACUUGGAAUUGCAUGGAAAAUCCUUGUCCACAUAUCUGUACAGUGUAUGGAAAUGGACAUUAUUUGACUUUUGACGGAUCCCAGUUUGACUUCAGUGGAGAUUGUGAUUAUGUUCUGACUCAGGACUUUUGCCCUGAGAAUCCCAGAAAAGGAAGCUUCCGAAUAAUAAUAGAAAACAUUGUAUGUGGGAAGAGUGAAGCCAUCUGUUCUCUUUCCAUCAAAGUCACCUUCAAGAACAUAACUAUCAAACUCUUUGAGGGACGUGUAGAAGAAACCAAUCGAGACAAAAGCAACAAUGAUUUUUACAAGAUAGAUAUGGUUGGGAUGUACAUUGUACUGAAGACUAUUCAUGGACUGACUCUCAUGUGGGAUCAGAAAACAACAGUCACGGUCCAGCUUUCAAGCUCUUUUGAGAACAUUGUUUGCGGACUAUGUGGGAAUUUUGAUGGGCGUUCCAAUAAUGACUUCACCUCUUCGUGGCAUGCACUGGAGGGGAAUGAAAAUGUUUUUGCAGAUAGCUGGAAAGUAAGACAGGGAUGUAACAGUGGAACAAAAGUUGAACCAUGCUUGGAGAAUCCUGCAAAACUACCUUGGGCCCAAAAGCACUGCAGUCUCAUAAAAAGCAACGUCUUUGCUCCAUGUCAUCCAAAGGUGGACCCGAUAGCAUUCUAUGAUUCAUGUGUCUCAGAUGCAUGUAGCUGUACAGAAGGUGGAGACUGCGAGUGUCUGUGCACCUCCUUAGCUGCAUAUUCUGCUGCCUGCAGGAGAAAUGACGUCUGCAUCGCAUGGAGGACGCCUGAUAUUUGUCCUUUGUUCUGUGAUUACUAUAAUAAAGAUGGUCACUGUGAAUGGCACUACAAGCCUUGUGGAGUUUCCUGUAUGCUGACAUGCACCAAUCCAUUGGGAAAGUGUGAUAACCAAUCACAGCAGCUUGAAGUGACCCUGAAGAAAAACUAUGUGAUGAAGACACAGCAAUGCAGAGAGAGUCAGGAGCAGGCAACCAAACUAGAAAGGCUGGAGCCCCCAAGGUCAGACAAGCCAGGUCAGCAACGGGAGAUCACGAAGGGUAGCCAAAUCAAACGACAAGAAGCAGGUCAAAACAAGACGGGUCAGCAACGGGAUAGCACGACGGGAGUGAGAGGAGUCUGUUUGGUGCCAGCGCUAGGAAAGCUGCCGCAGGAGCAGCCUGUAGGGGGCAGAGACAAGGUGUCAUGGAACAUGCGGGGAGGUUAUUCACCGUACACCAGACAAUAUCCAACUCUAGAGGUGUUCUCGCCAACAACUAAGGCAUUUUCCUCUACUACGUUGUCUCCGGCUACCAAAGUUACAGAAAAAACUGUUUUUACAACGCCAGUCAUCCGUUCAACAACCGUGGAUAAUGUAUCUCACUUGCAACACUCAUCUUGGGCACGUUUCUUUUUUGAUCAGUCCAGCUAUUGUUCCUUGUUCCUGGACAAACUCUCACAAGAUCAGGUGGUGCAGUACACCAUCAUGUGUGUCCAUCACAUCAUUGCGAUAGGAGUAGCCUCGACUCUCGGGCUAUGCCAAAUAAAAACUCGGACAUCAAUGUGGGAUGAAAAGGCCACAGACGAUUUGUUAAACAAGUCAUUGUCACGCAACCUGUGA